AUCCUGGCUGAUGACAUGGGCCUGGGCAAGACCAUCCAGGUGAUCGCCUUCCUCUCGGGCAUGUUCGACGCCGAGCUCGUCCGGCACGUCCUCCUCAUCAUGCCAACCACCCUGAUCAGCAGCUGGCUGGCGGAGUUCACCCGCUGGACCCCAGGCCUGCGUGUUAAGGAGUUCCACGGCACCAGCAAGGCAGAGCGCACAAGGAACCUGGAGCGGAUCCAGAGGAAGAACGGCAUCAUCAUCACGACCUACCAGAUGCUCAUUAACAACUGGAAGCAGCUCGCCAGCAGCCACGAGCAGGAGUUUGUCUGGGACUAUGUUGUCCUUGACGAGGCACAUAAAAUCAAGUGCCCCUCUAACAAAACGACCAAGUGUGUGUAUGCCAUCCCUGCCAAACAUCGCCUUCUCCUGACGGGCACCCCCGUGCAGAACAACCUGCGGGAGAUGUGGUCCUUGUUUGACUUUGCCUGCCAAGGCUCACUCCUAGGAACGGCCAAAACCUUUAAAAUGGAAUAUGAGAACCCUAUUACUCGGGCGAGGGAGAAGGACGCGACUCUGGGUGAGAAAGCCCUGGGGCUGAAGAUGUCUGAGAACCUAAUGACGAUUAUAAAGCCGUAUUUCCUCAGGAGAACCAAAGAAGACAUCAAAAACUACGGCACUGAGAAACCAGAAGCUCCUCUUCCUGAGCAUCCCAGCGAGGACAGUGCUCCCGUCAUGCCGUCUCUCACCAGGAAAAAUGACUUUGUCGUGUGGGUGUACUUGUCACCAGUGCAGGAAGAAAUCUACAGGAACUUUCUCUCUCUGGAUCACGUGAAAGAGGUGCUGAUGACAACCCGGUCACCUUUGGCUGAGCUGACUGUCCUUAAGAAGCUGUGUGACCACCCCAGGCUGCUGUCUGCCAGAGCAUGCAUCCAGCUGGGCCUGGAAGAGGCAGAGCACCCCGGGCAGGACCAUGGGAGCGAGGCAGCUAAUAAAAUAGAUCACCUGUCUGAUGAGACCGUGAUUCAGGAGUCUGGGAAAAUGCAGUUCCUCGUUGGGCUCCUCGAGAGGCUGCGAGAAGAGGGACACAGGACUCUGGUGUUCUCGCAGUCGAGGAAGAUGCUGGAUAUCAUCGAGCACGUGCUGUCCGUCAGGCGGUUCCAGGUGAUGCGCAUCGAUGGGACAGUGACCCAGCUGACGGAGCGGGAGAGGCGCAUCCAGGCCUUCCAGAGCCAUGCAGGCUGCUCUGUCUUCCUGCUCACCACGCAGGUCGGCGGCGUCGGCAUCACCUUAACGGCAGCCAGCCGAGUGGUCAUCUUUGACCCCAGCUGGAACCCAGCUACAGAUGCUCAGGCUGUGGACAGAGCUUAUAGGAUUGGGCAAAAGGAGAACGUAGUCAUUUACCGGCUGAUUACCUGCGGCACCGUGGAGGAGAAAAUAUACAGGCGACAGGUGUUUAAGGACUCGCUGAUAAGACAGAGCACUGGUGACAAAAAGAACCCUUUCAGAUAUUUCUCCAAACAGGAGCUAAGGGAGCUUUUCACGUUAGAAGACACUCGAACAUCUGCGACUCAGAUGCAGCUGCAGUCUCUGCACGCCACCCAAAGACAGAGCGACCUGCAGCUGGAUGAACACAUCGCCUAUUUGCACUCGCUGGAUAUGUUUGGCAUUUCCGACCACGACUUGAUAUACACGAGGGAAAUGACUCACGAGGAGCAGGUGGAGAGUGAAGAAGCCCAUCAGUACAUUCAACAGAAGGUACAGAAAGCCCAUGAGUUAGUUCAGUUGGAGUCUCAGCUUGGGGACCAGAGGAUGGAGGGGAUCAGAAACACUUGCGGAGAGAUGUGGCGAAUACCACCAGAACUGGUCUCCAGGCCAAGGAAGUUGUCUCCGGGGCUGAACGAUGUAAGUCGCUUUGUUUCACCACCAGUAGCUGAUAAACAUGAAAAGGACAGUGUCAUUGAUCUUACAGAGGACAGAGAUGUCCAGGUUCUGAAUGUCAGCUCCAGAAUGAACUGUCUGACUGUCAAUGACGUGGAUGAAGAGGGACAGGCACAGGAUGUGGCUGGGAUGGGUACAGAGCUGCUGAAUUCCAGCAAGACGGCGAAACAGUCCGAUACACCUGCAGCUCAGCAAAAGCUUGGCUCGAGUGUUGUGCUGUCAUCACCAGCUCCUCGCCCUGGUGACACAGACAGCGAGAGCCUCCAGCAGAGACCGUGUUCCCCUGGAAAUUCAGACAGCUUGAGCGAGGCAGGGCAGCAGCAGCAGUCCUCUAACGAGCCCGGUACGGCCGAUGAUCCCAAAAGGUUAAGAGCUGCAGAGCUGUCAGUCUGGGUACUCGACUCGCCUGCUGCCUUGGGGACAGAAGAGAGUUACAUCCCUGAGGCAGCUUUGGCUCGUGCAGGGCCAAGCUUAUCAAACAUCACGCCAGAAAUCCAUGCUGGGCUCCAGAUGGCUCGUGUGUUGGAAGACAGCUUGGAGGACAUGUCUGUGCCUUCUCUCCAGGAUCAGGUUGAUUUCAACCUGGUCUUGGAGGAGUCUGAAGAUGGGGGGCAAGAUGCCUCAAAUAGAGAAAGAUCACGGGAGCACCUACAAAAGGAGAGCUUCCAAUUAAAUGCAGAAAGCUCCUGUGAAUCUCCAACAAAACAGUCUCCCACAGAAAGCAGGCUGAGUGAGAAGAGUAACUGUGGGAAACCCUGUCCCAGUGUGGAAGAAGAGCCAGGGAGCGAGGCCUCAGAGGAAAGCAGCAUUGCCUUUUCUUUUCGCACCAAGAAAGGCCCAAGGAUUGUCUCAGACAGUGAGGAUGAAGACUAUUCUGGUAUGAACUUGGAGGAAAAUCAGUCUCAAAACAGGUCCUUCCUCUUGAAGAGCCCUCUGCAUCCAUUUCUGGAAAGAGUUAACGCAUCCACUCCCAAAUACGACAAAAGUAUAGCAAAAGCCAUCUUUUCUCCCCAAAGAACUAACACCAGUAACAAGUCUACUGCUUCCAGGCGAUCUCUGAUCAACAAGGUGGUGGAUGAGGUGGAGGAUAUUGGAGAAAUCAUGGGAACCACUGAUGAAGAAGACGAUGAUGACGGGGAUGAGGAACAAGAUGACCUGGUGGAAGAUGAAGCUGAAGAGUGUAGCGGGGAAUCUGCCGAGCCCGAGGAGGAACCUGAGGGAGAAACACUCGAUACAACUGAAGAAUCCUUCCAUCUCACCAAUGUGCCCUCUGUGCAGUCUGAAGUAGAGGAGACAGAGUCAUCUCAGGAGGAAUCCACUGGUGAUGCUGAGCUCCAGUCGAGUGAGCAGAUGGACUGUUUCACCCAGGAAAGCAUCUCGGCCAAAGAGGUUGCUCAGAGUUCCUCUCCUACCACGGGCGAUUACGAUACCUUGGUGGACAGUGGGAAGAAGCUUCAGGGUGAUGGAAAGCUGCAGGAGGCAUUGGACUGCUUCCUGCAAGCCCUUGACAUAAAAGGUGGCGACCCUGAAGUUAUGCUUAUGACUUUAAACUUGUACAAACAGCUCGCCCAGAAGUGAAACCCGUGUGACUUCAAGUACAGUCUCACUUUUCGUUGUUAAAUGUUUGUCUUGAGCCACAUCACUGAGCUGGCUGAGGGCUGCAAUGUGCACUUGUGAACCAGUUCAGCGCUUCGUCCUGGGUGGGAAGACAGCCCUAAGGUUCUGGUUGUUGGGUGCUGGGGAAGGGACUUCACUGGGGACUUGGUUCACAAAGAUGAAAACAUUUCAUGCUCCUGUCUUGUUAUUUAAUAA